AUGUUGAGAAUAAGCCUGAAGACCAGUUGCCGAGUCUUCUUUGUGAGACUCUAUCUGGGGAAAUACUUGCUUGUUUUGGAUGACUUGUGGAAUGAAGUUCGGCAUAAAUGGUUCGAGCUUGGAGAAUGGCUUGAGGGUGGUUUACCGGGAAGCAAGAUACUUGUAACCACUCGCAGCCACAAAGUUGCAAAGGUCAUGGAUGAGAAAUCAGUUAUUCAUGUUCUACGUGGCCUAGCUGAAAAUGAGUCGUGGAACUUAUUCAGGAAAAUGGCUUUUGGAGAUGGGGUAGACCCAGCACUGGAGGAGAUAGGUCGAGAUAUAGUUAAAAAAUGCACAGGGUUCCCCUUGCCAUUAGAACUAUUGGAGGCCUUUUGUACGGCAAAGAAAGAUGAAUGGUUCCGUUACAAAGUGCACGAAUUUCCAGAAAUACCAGAAAUUGAUGAGGUUGAUGAUGGAAUUAUACAAGUCCUCAAUUUCAGUUACGAUAGUGCUCCAGUCAUGCUUGAAACAUU